AUGGACCCCCCCGGGAAGGAGGCCAAGGCCAGGGGAAGCAGAGAGCCAUGUUACGACGAAUACCACAACGAAAAUCUGCUGCAUCUGCAGAAAGAACCCGACCCAAAUAAUAGAACCCACGUGCUCAAACGGGUUCGUGGCAAGCGGUGGCAAGAUGAACGCACGUACAGCUCCUACGACGCAUUCCCCUACGGGGGGGUCUUCUACCAUGACUUAAUUAUAAAGGACGUGAUAACGUAUUGCUUCAAGCGGGGCGCCGACUGCGUGGAUGGGCCGUCCGCGAAGCAGUCAGCGAAGCAGCCCGUGACGCAUUCCACAACGCAUCCCACAACGCAUCCCACAACGCAUCCCACCAUGCAGUCGCUGGCCCCACCGCCCCCAUACGUGUACCUCGGCGCGGGCAUACUGAAGGAGACGCAGAGGAAGAAGCACCGGGAAAAGAACCGGAUGGUUUUUAUUUUUUGCCUUAACGAGGCGGUGCUCAGAGGGGGCGGCGAAAGAACCCGGAGCAGCGAGGGGGCCGCCCGACGUGGGAGGCAUACCGGCGGGGGGGUCAGCCACGCAGAAGGAGCGGAAAAAGCAGCCGCAGGAGCGGCGAAAGUAGCCGCAAACCGGGGAACACAUCGGAGGAGGCAGAGGGAGGAGAACCGCCUCCGAGACAUAGACGACGUCCUGAAUGGAAGGAGCUCCCGCCAGAACCCUUUUAUAAAAACCAAGGCGUCGCUUCUAUGGGAGGAUGUGAAGGACCGGGAGGGGGGGAUGUGCACAGAUGUAAACAGAGACAAGAGAAACCUCCCCUUUGAGUCCCUCUACUGGGAGCCUGCAUUGGGGGGUUCGCCCAGUGCCCGCAGCGCUGGCGAGGAGGAGCGUAGUGAUGACAGAAGUGGCGGUAGUAGUGACCGCAGUAGAGACGGCCGUAGUGACCCCUGCCAGUCCUCGGGCCGCUCCUCCGGGGAGCUUUCCGACCCCCCAGGGGAAUACUCCCCGGAGGAGAGCCCCUCGGACAGCUCUGACAGCUCGGAGGAGGACUCCUCGGAGAGCAGCGAUCAAGGUGGACGCCCUCGGCACGCUCAUCACACGUGGCACCCUCGGCAGGCCCGUCACGCUUCCGACCGACGAAGGAGAAACGCGUAUAGCGAUCGAAACGGCGUCUUCAUGCUGAGCGUGCUGCACCACCAGAGCGAGGUCUACUCAGUCAAGUGGAAGGAGAGACAAAACGACCCCUUCUGCGUAGUGGCCUCCAUCUGCCUCGACGGAUACUUAUACAUCUGGAGGGAGCACACCAACAGCCAGAACAAACUCACCUUUGCAUCCGUCUGCCGAGUGUAUGUCCCCUCGUUUGAGCAGAUGAUAUGGUAUGUGAAGUGGUGCUGGGUAGACAAGGACACAGCUAGCGAAGAUUACUGCCGCUUCUGGAGCAGCAACAGAAACGCGAACAUCGCGAAGAAUGAAUUUUUGAUUGUGUAUGGGUCUCGAAAUGAGUCGCGUGCGGGUGGGGCUGGGAGGAGCGGCUUCCCCCUGGGGCGCGACGAGGGGGAGCGAUCCGCCGUCCCCUCCGCCACGUCUGCCACCCCCCCCUCCGUCUUCUCCAUCUACGCCAUCUUCAACCUGCACAGCCACCACGCCCACGUGAAGAACAUCCUCCGCUACGAGAACGUCCCGAUAAGCCUCAACUACGAGCACGUCCUCCAGGCAAAGCUCAAGUAUGGCUCCCUCAACACGUCCCUCAUUUCGGUUUACACAGAUGACACCUUCCUCCCAGAAAAUGAAUACCACAUGAAGUUCGGUCAGUGGAAGAUUAAAAAAAUAUGCCCCCUCUCGGAUUCGCUCUUGCUGGAGAGGGGUACCCCCCACAGGGGUGUUCCACGGGAGUUCCCUAGCUGGGACCACGCGGAUGUGAGCGACGACUGCUCGCUCUCCUCCAGUGGAAGCGGGUCCACCGCAGAUCACAGCGAAGGGGGGGUUAGCAGUUACGGCGAUUGCUGUGAUGGCCAUUAUCAGGGCGACUCAGCUGCGCAUCACAACGGAGGGGCGACUCCGUGGAGACCCCCCCGCCGCAGGAACAACUCCAAAGAGAACGACUUCCUCCUGUUUAGGAAGCUCUUCAGCACAGUCAGCAAUUUGAUGCCUCCAUUCUCCCUCACCAUCUCGACAUACAACGGAGACGUUUACAAAGUUAUGAUCAAGCCGAGUGACAUUUGGAUUAAAAAAAAAAAAAGCGUUAGCGUGAGGUACAUGCUGCAUUACAGGGCAUGCGAACCGUCUCCCAAAUGGGAGGGGAAAAAGAAGUACCUAUCGGGUAGGCGGCAGCCCGAGGAGCCGAUCCUGCAGGAUGACUGCGAAAUGUAUUUUGACCCCAACCAUAAUGUGGCCCUCGUGCGGGAGAGGCGGACGGGGAGGCUCUUCCUGUACGAUUUCGACAUGGGGGGUAGAAGCGGGGCUAGAAGCGGUAGUAAACGCGGGAGCCGAAGCAGCAACCUCUUCCUGGAUGUCCGGCACUCAUUCGAAAGGCACCGCAACGAUGACGGGGCGACCCCACUGGAAGGUGCCACAGUUGGGAGCGGCACCAACAGCGGCGCUAACAAACCAUGGGGAGCCUCCCCUUCAAGUGUCAACCAAAUGGAGGGCACCACAGAAGUGGAUCAGACGCAGAGCACACACAAAGCACGCACGAAUCACCCCCCUCAUAACUGCGCCUCUACCGAAGGAGCAGUGGCAAAAAAGAGAAGAGCAUUCACCCCCAUAUGCUGCCUGAACAGCAUGUACAUUGACAGGUACUACCUAUUGAAACAUAAGGGAAGUGACUCGCUCAGGAGGAAGACUCAUUUUGUCUAUUCCUACUCCUACCAGAUGUGUAGAAUCUACGAACAAGUGAAAAAGAACCCACAUCUGUUCAUGUCGACUAGCCAAUUUUUAGAAAAAAAGAAUACAAUCCCUUUGGCCUACAAAAGUGAGCUUAUAAAUGCUCUAGAUUCCUUUUUCGUUCUCAUCUGUGUAGACAGAAAGAGGCAGUGCAUUUUUGCUCUCAAGUCGGAGACAAGGGACGUCGUUCAUAAUGCCAAAAUGCUUUGCAUCUUUGAUGAGAGCUCUCCGCUAAUCGGCUUGCAAGGAGGCUCUCCCCCCCCGAACGAACCGAACAAUAAUGUGUAUUUGAGCAAAGUGCAAGAAGACAUAUGCAGGGCAGAAGGAGGGGUGCCUUGCAAAGUGACUGGGCACGAGAUAAGUGACUUCCGCCUCCACAGCAGGAACGGCCAGAACUACCUGUUCCUCAUCAUUAAAUACGGCUACAUCGGGAGCGGCGGGUACGGCGGCUCAGACAUUCACGGCAGCUGCUGCACCCACGGGAAGGGGACCAAGCACGCCCACCUGGUCGCCCUCGCAACCGUGCACAUUCAAAAGGAGAGCUUGGUCUACGUCACCUUGCGCCUGAACCAGAUGUUCACCUUUUUCCAUUCGCUCGAGGAGAAGCUCCUGUUCUCCUACGUCCACGUCUCCUACCAGGGGAAGUUUAUUGUCGCCACGAAUCAUGCCCUGCAGGGAGAGGCGCAGAAGGGGAGCGGCACUCACGGGGGUAACUACCCACCGGUGGAGGGGCAACCACAGGGAAGUGAAGAAGACGGUGCUGUUUGCCACCAUCCGGAGGAGGUGCUCUCCGUUAGGAGGGGACUCCUACACGUUAGACGCUCCUCCGGGGUGGAGAGGCAAUACGUCUUGGUGCUCGACGAUGCAGAUCCCAAACAAGAAGGGCAGAACAAACCAGCACAAUCCAACGAAGUGGUCAAUCUGUAUCUCCUCUGCACGGAACGCAGAUGCGUCUCCCACCAUGUGCAGGUUAGAAACGUCCCCGACCUCGUCAACGUAGUCGUCCAAGACAGCCACGUCGUCCUGCUCACCAGGAGGAAGCUGCAAAUUGUGGACCUCAAGGCGGUGUGCAGCGACUUGAUCGGCAUGGAGGGGGAAAACAGAGAAGAGGACCGCAUCGGAGAGACUAACAUGGAAGGAGCCAACGGGGAAGGGGCCACCAUGGAAGAAACCUACGUGGCGGAUGGACCCCCCCCCGCGGAGAGCGCAAACCGCGUAAACUUCACUUCGAUCCCCCUGCCGAAACUGCUCGCAAAUAAAAAAACAAAAUUGUGUAUGACCCGUUCAGGUGAAAAAAACACACAUUUUUUAGUAGCCAGUUUUUUGGUCAAUUUGAGGGAGCUUCACCGAAAGAGGAGACACCGGAGGGGCAGCAAAAGCAAAACAUGUAAUGGCAAGGUCACCCACGACCGGUUCGCACGCAAAAACUGCUACAUCUCCGUGGUCCUCUUCUGCGAUGCAUCGAAUGGCAACGAGUGGCAGGUGUUAAAUUAUGGGAGGCACCCCUUCCUCCUCUCCAAGCAGGUGUUCCUGUUUGAAAGGAAUUUGUUCCUGCUGGGCGGGGUGCAGAAGAGGAGGGGCUUCCUGUGGGGCCCGAGCGGGGGGAAGCUGCUCCACACCGCUCACGCCGCUCAAACCGCUCGGACCACCCGGUGGCGCAAAAUCAACCUGUGCAGCGCACUGAAGAAAUGGCAAAGACGAGGCGAAGGACAUGUCCCGGGAGAAGCGGGUGGGGCGGGCGGAAAAGGGACUCCCCCCCCCAGAAAGAGACAUCACGUGUUCUUUCACCCCCUCGGGCUGUUACACUACAUAAAAAUGGGUCUCUUUUCCCACGUCUUUAUUGCUAUGAAGUUACUCCUGAACCUUUUGCUAAACAGAUUUUACAGUUACGUUGAGAGGAUCAAAAUUAGAAGUGACAGCUCAGGAGAGGGGGGGGGUCUUCCUAUUAAGAAGCACUGUGCUCUACACGUCCUACUGAAUGAUGACCGUUUGAGGAAGUCCGUUCGGGAGAACUUCGGAGACAUUUCCACAGUACAGAAGAGCCACUUCCUUUUUAAUGUUAACUUCCUCACCACUGAAAUGGGGAAGCUCAGGCAGGGUACGCAAGGCAUGGUUGAUGGCGUCUCUGGGGGAGAUGCAGCUGGGAAGGAACAGGAGGGGAAGACUCUCAUCCAAGGGGGGAAUAACAAUGGAGAUGCAGCUGACCAGAAGGACAAAUCUAUGUACCUGUUCGAAGUCGAGUCCGUUUCGUUGGACGAUUUUAAUUUAAAUUCUGACGAGGAGGAGGAGUCUUCCCCGUCGAAGCAGGGGGCGCAGCGGGAGAAGGCCCCCUCGGGUCGAAGCGGUAGCAGUGAUAGAAGUGGUCGAAGCAAUCGCAGCCGGAGUAGCGGUCGAAGCGAAGACGAACGGGGGCGGGCGCAGCGCAGCUUCAAGGCCAACCUGAAAGCCGCCAGCGUGAUUGACUGCCAGCUGACGGCGGAGGAGGUGAGGCUGCUGCAGAUCCUGCUGCUGCACGUGAACGUGCCCCACCUGAGGGCCUUCGACCAGCUCCUCCUCUUUUGCGUGCUGAACGCGUUUUGCCUCAAUUCGGGGGAGGGCCACGCCGGCCGCAGUGAUAGCAGUGGCGGUAGUGGCAGCGGUAGUGAUAGUGGCAGCGUGAGCCGCGUUAGCAGCAGUGGGGGCGACGACUUCGGCAGCAGCCACCCGUCGGAAGACCCCGCUGCGCGCAGGUGCCACUGUGCGCACUUCGGCCUGCACCUCCAGAAGGAACUCAUCAAAACGGAAAGCAUGCACCUGGGCGACCACGUGCGUGGGAGUGGAGACGAGGCAAAACAACCCAACGGAAGCAACAUGACCCAAGUGAUCCUCUUCUUCUACCGCCUCUACAUCAACUGCUGCCUCUUCCUAAACGUCCCCCUGGAGAUUCACCACCAGUACGCCUACCUCCUUUACUUCGUGCGCGCGAAGGUGGCGGCGGAGCUGAGCAGCUAUCUGGAGAAUCUGCAGACGCACUACAGCCACUCCUUCCGCGUCCCAGUUAGCGCCGGCGAUUUGGGCGCCGUCGACCUGUUCGACAUGGGUGGUGCGGGCAGCGGUGCGGGAGGCGCUGCGGGAGGCGGUGCCCACUUCGAGACUGGAUCACUUCCCCACGGGCGCCUCAUCCGGUGGAAACGCAGAAAAAAGGGCCCCCCCCAAGCAGAGCUCAACGGUGUGGCAGUCGCACAAAUGAGCAACUUCAAACUGGUGGAAGAGGAGGUCCAAAGGUUUUGCUUCUUCCUUACGUUCAAACGUAUGAAGUUGUUCUACGCUCUACACGAUAGGGACAAUUUAUUUUUCAUGCACGAGGUGCUGACGAACCGGACACUCAAAAAAAUAAACAGCCUCAACGUCGACGAUAAGGAGAAGCAAAAUGAAGUGAACGACUGUUUGGACUUCCUAGCGUUGCUCUACUUAGCGAAAAACGAAAAACACAAGCUGAUGGUGCUAUACAAAAUAAAGAAGCAACAGAAAAUUUUUGAGUUCCUCUCCAAUGACUUUUCUUUGGAGAGGUGGAGCAACGCCCUCAUGAACAAUGCGUAUAAGUUGAUGCAAAUUAAAAGGUACCACCUGGCCAUCGCUUUUUUCAUUCUUCGUGGGGAUAUGAAAGACGUGAUUGAUGUGGCUCACCAGUAUUUGAAGGACCCUCAAUUGAGCGUCUUCCUCAUUAGACUCGUUUAUGCCUCCUACGUAGAGAAGGGGCACUUCCUGGGAGGGAGAAAUAAUGCUACCCUUUCGGUGAGCACGCCGUGCAUCCCUCUGGGGGGAAGUGGUAGCGUCUUGGAGGACUCCAGCGUGUCCGCGGUGCAGGGCAGUGGCUACCUCCCCUCCAGCGAGGCAGGCGAGGCGAGCGAAGUGGGGGAAGUGGAAGAGGAACGGAGCAGAGAAGUAGAAGAGGGACGGAGAAGAGAAGUGGAAGAGGAACGACGCCACUGCCUGGAGGAACCGCGCCACUUCCUGCAGGAGCCGCGCCACUUCCUGCAGGAGCACUUGAACUACAUUUUUGCGAAGAAGCUCAAGGCCGACCACGAUGAUGGGGCCCAUGGUAGGCACCACCCCCCCGAGAGAAGCUACCUCGACGUGAUGAAGAACAUCCUCCUGGGAAACUACCGAGAGGUGCACUCCAAAUGGAAAGAGACAAAGAGGCACGAUUUUCUCCUGCUGGUUUUGAAAAAUAUAAUUGUGGGGAGAAUAAUGCGCCAGGAGGGAGGGCAGGGGGAUGCCCCGAGGAUGGCAAUUCUGUGCCGGGAUGGCCAAGCUGAUCGCGGCGAAGGAGAAGACGAUCAAGACGACCAAGACGACUGCAACUUCCGGAUGAGCAAAAUCGAGUGCUACUUCAGCUCCCUCCACUUUUGCUCGCAACGAAUGAGCAACCUAUCGUUCGUCUUGCUCUUCAUAUUUUUCCACAACGGGGACAAAGACGAAGAAGUGAUGCCCCUCCACGAGCGGCUCAAAUUCUUCCUGUGCCUCUCCUCCGAAGCCUACUUGGAGACCUUCCUCGGCGCAAAUAAGUUUUUGUUUGAGGUUGUUUAUGCCUCCUCCUGCGAGAAGGGGCCCCGGGUGGGGAGCGGCCACCCGGUAGUGAGCAUCGAGCGAGCGGACAGGGACAACCCAGUCGACUUCACUCAGUCGUUGAAGCAGUUUGCGCGGCUGGUGCAUUUGCUCUUCGAGUGCAUCAGCGGUGGUACUAGCGGUGGUACUAGCGGUGGUAUUAGCGGUGGUACGAGCGGUGGUAAGCACUGUGAAGUUAGUUGCGACCAGGAUGACCGCGCAAGUUGCAAUCGGGAUGGCCGCGCAAGUUGCAACCGGGAUGGCGGCGCCGUCGAACCCGCACCCGCCGUGCUGCGCCUGAUGAACAAGCUGAGGGACGUCGCAACGAAGGACGCCUGCGCCAGGAGGCGAAACCUGAGCCGAUUCCUAGCCACCCUCCUGCAGAAAAUAAGCGGCAUGAGCGGCAUGCACGGCGGACAGAGCACCCAGCUGGCGGUCAACCAUUAUAUGUUUUACGAAGCUGCGAAGAACGGAGGGAGAGCCCCAAGUGCCCCUCCCCCCACCAGCCUCUACGUAACCCUAAACAAGUACAAUAGCCUCCUGACGCACUUAUUUUUUCACUUCUUUACCCUCCGCAUUGUGGAAGGCGCCCAGAGCGAAGACGUCAUCCGGUUCGUCCUGGACUACAUCGUGUCGAUUCUCUUCAUCUACGUGAAUGAUGCCGUUCGGGUUCUGUUUAGCUUUGCAAGAAAUGGGAAGUGCGGAGCGGCGGGGUCUAUACACGAAGCGGCGUCUCUUCCGAACGAACUGCUCUCCUCCCUGCACGCGCCCUACCUGCAGAUUGUCCUUUUACGCGUGGGCCUUCGCAACUGCUUCGCCCGGGAGGGAAACCACGAAGCGCAUGCGCCCAGCAGUUUGGAGAAAGACUCCAAGGCAGAUUCGCCUCCCCUGUGUGGGCCCAGCACCGAAGAAGAGACCCACAACGUCUGCAUCCACGUCGACCGAAAGUUCUUUUCCUAUCAUAUUCACCUGCUGGACCUCUUCCUCUGCUACCUAACUGUGAUGGUGAUAUGCCUCCUCAUGCUGAACAGCCACUACGGCUUCUUCCCCAGUGGAGAGAUCCGCGUGGAUAAGCAGAACACUCAAAGGAAUGGGAGAAGAACCCGUAAAGGGAGACACUUAAAAAAGCUAUUCACCGUCUUGCACCUACUACUGAAGAAGAUUAAGAAGCUAAAUUGGGCAAUUGAAAAUGUGUAUAAGGGGAACAGCACCAUCGGUACAGCUGACCUGCUGGUGGAAUUUGUUAAAUGUGCCUACCAGAGUGGGAGGAAAGGGAAGCUGUCUCCAUGGCUACACAUGAGCUGUGGAGAGGAUACUACCCCCCUUGGAGGGAAGCACAAGAGGAGAAAAAGAAACAGUAAUGGCAAACAUGACAUGGGGAUGCCCUCCAGUGAAGCCAGAGACGUGACUCUAACUCCCUUGGGAACAGCCCCUCCUAGUAGGAGCAACCUCCAAAGUGAUAACGUCGUAGAAACGCAGAUGAGCAUACGGUCGUGUGAGUACGUGCAGAAGGGGAGACUCUCACCUGAAGCGGCGGAGGCCACGGGGGAUUUACCAUUUGAGCAGUUUUGCGUCGUGAGCAUCUUCCUCUCCACCUUCGAACUGCUCAUCGGGAACUUCCACAUCUUCGCGUACAAGGCGAACGUCUUCACGCCGCAGCUGCAUCCGCGCGGGGGGGGCGGUCACGCGGUAAAGGGAGGUCAUCUGGUAAAGGGAGGCCAUGCGGUAAAGGGGGGCCAUGCGGUAAAGGGGGGCCAUGCGGUAAAAGGGGGCGACACACAUGGCAAGCAGGGCCAACCAGGGGGAAAUCGCCAGGCGAACCCCUUCUACCACAACACGUGCGUGCUUCUCCACCACGUGGACAGCCUGUGCCAGGUGGUGAAUAAAUUCCUCCUGCCGCCGAUGAAGGAGCUGCUGUUCAAGUCGGCCUGCAACAUUAAGAGCACCCUGCUGACCUUCCUCUCCUUCCCUUUUUUCUUUAACAAAAUGAAGACCAGGAAAAAGAACCAAGUGUUGUGCGAGCACUUUAUCGAUUCGCAUGUCUCCCUCUUCUACAGCAAGCCCCUGUACGCCAUUUGGAAGAUAAACGGCUGCACCUACAGGUCCUUCCUCCUCUUCUUCAACAAGAGCUUCUACGAUUACGUUGAUUCGGUGAACGACGCGGUGAGUGCCUGCAGGGGGGGACAGCCAGCUGAGCGGUCCCAGCAGGGACAACAAGGUGAAGGCUUGCAGAAGGGACAACCAGGUGAAAGCCUCCCCCUCCAGCAGGGCCAACCCACUGAGCGCUUCCAGCCGGGCCUACCCGCUGAGCACGCCCACCUAAAUGAAUACUUAAAAUUCCACCAGCUCUACAAGGAGGGGUGCAGACUGACAGAACAGGACUGCCUCGCCAUCCCCUCUGCCAACGGGGAAAAGGGGAACCUGGCUUGCAACCAAAGUAACUUCCUCUUUAAGAGGCCCAGAAGCUACGACCGCUUUUUUUCUUUCACGUCCAGAAUGAGUUUCUUCAAAAAAUUAAAGCGGGGUGCUAGCGGAAGUGGCAGUAGCGGUGGGGCUGCCAAACGAGGGGACAAAGAAAGAAAGAGAAAAGCCCUUUUGGGGAAAAAGGCAAACAGGGAAGGCACCCAGGAGGGGGAGUACCGCCACGUUAACUACGACAGCCUUGUUAAAAUGAAAAGCGACCUUCUGAGGCAGGAGACAGUCGAGACGGAGGGGGGGAGCAGUCAGGACGGCAGCGAGGUGGAUGAAGAUGAGGAGGGGUGGAGCCGCGCAGUGGGUGCUACGCGAGAGAGGAGGGGGGGCCGCCCCGUGGGUGCUACGCGAGAGAGGAAGGGGGGCCGCCCCGUGGGUGCUACGCGAGAGAGGAAGGGGGGGCACAGCGGGCGCAGCAGCCAGGGCAGUGUUAGCGGCGCAGUUAGCGCACUUGGCGCAAUUGGCGCAGUUGGGGCAGCUCCUGAUGAGCGAGGUGGUCGCGGAGCCCACUCCAGAGCGCCCCGCGCAAAGGCGAACAAGGAGCAGCAGCACCACCGGGGCCCCAACCCGAGAAGCAACCCCCCUCAGAAGAGAAGCCACAGAAGAGGCAAAACAGAACAGAACAAACUCCCGCACGUCAUCCCCCUGUCCUACCUAUUCAACAGCAUGAGCGAUAGGCAUGUCAUCGAGCAGCAAAAAAUGGACUGCCACAACAGCACCAUCCUUUACAUCCACCGAAAGAAUAAAAUAAAAAAGAUUUGCGUACUUGACCACUUGAAGAGGCUCAAUAAGAAGUGCAGAUUCAUUAACUACAUUUCUCAUUACGAUUUGAAGGGGGAGGACAGGAGAGCCUCCAGGGGUAGGAGCGGCACCGGGAAGAGGAAGCGGAAGAGUGGCGCCAGCCUAGGGGGGGAAGGUAUCACCGAAGGUGUUACCACUGCAGCGAGAAAGAACCCCCACAAAGGCGAAUGCACAGAUGGCAACCCUCGCUUGGGGGGAGACCGCGCCAGUCGCAGCGUCGAGGUGGGCGUGCCCCCCGCCCCAAAUGGGGAGCGCCCUUGGCAUAGCUGCUCCCUCCAGGGGGGGGGCGCGAACGCGCAGAGCGAUCAGAUGUGGAAGGCGGCCACUGUUGGGGGAGGCGGGCGUGAGAGCGGCGGAAGAGCGGUGAAGGAGAGGACCCCCAGCGGGAGUAGUCGUGGCCACCGCCGCGCUGACCGCCGUGCUGACCGCCACACCAACCGCGCGAGCGAGAAAAUCCUCCUGGACAUUGACCUGAACAAGCUGCUGUACAUAUACAAGUGCAUGCACAUCCAGUGCAUGCACAACCUGACCCCCCUGUGCUCCUACCUUAGCAGCUUCGUCCCCAACGACUGCAGCAUCACCAGCCUCUUCGGCAACAGCUAUAAUAGCCACUUCGUUAACAACCUGUUUUUUCACAACCUGUUUUAUGCGUACGACAAUACGAUGACCCUUCUGCUGAGCUCGAACCACGUGGGGUCUAUUUUCUACGGGGGGGGCAACGCAGAUUGGGCAGCAGAUUGGGCAGAAGAUUCUCACAAGAAGGGGGAUGGCCAAUUUAGAGGGAAGACUGACAGUAGCAGGAGGGACUCACUGAAGGAAGGCCAUACGUCUAGCCGCCCAUCCUCUCAGGAGGUUGCUACAUCUUUGCGGGACGGCCCCCCAAGUGGGGACUCCUCUCCUCCCCCUCAUGGGUGGCACGCAUCGAACGGGGCGAAGAAGGCCCUCCACGCAGUUGGUAACGCCGCUGCUAACCCCGCUGGGGAGGACCGGCUGCGAACCAACGUGGCCAUCUCGAAGACGGCGCAGAAGUACAUCGAGACGGUCAUGCUGCUCCUCCACAACAACGUGACGCUGAACGACUCGGAAAAGAUCUGCCUGACGAGAAAGGGAAAGGGAUGCAAAAAUAAAAGCAAAAAUAAAAGCAAUAACAGUAGCAAUAACAGUAGCAAUAACAGUAGCAAUAACAGUAGCAAUAACAGUAGCAGUAAGAGUAAGCAAAACGAAUUUGCGCACCUGCAGGAGUUCCUCGAGAGGAACGCAAACACCUGCGUCAGGAGAAGGUACAGUUUCGUCAACCACCUGUCAAGUAAAAAGGAGAGUUGCUUUUUCUUAAAAACGGGAGCCAUCAUCUCGCACCCCUUCCUCCCUGUCUAUGCACUUGUAAAUAUAAAUCACGAGAAGGUUACCUCGUCGGAACAAGACCAGCUAGACAAGCGUCGCUUCCAAAUAAGGCUCUGUACCUUUUCAGCCAAUUGUGAGGGCAUCUGCUACAGAUACGGAAUCAUCAGUAGCGUCUCUUGGAGUUCCAACGGCAACUUUUUGAUGGUUUCUGAUGAAUGUGGGCACUUAUAUAUUUAUAAUAUUUUUUUGGGCAGCUUCGUAAACCCUAAGGUGGUGCACAACAGGGUGGGCAAUGACCCCAAUGCAGAUCGGAAUGGAGCUACCCCUUCUGGGGGGAGAGCAUACCGGCAUAGGAGGGGUAAUCUCUCUGAUAGGGGGGCCACUCCUGCCUGCGCCAGUGCGGGUGAACACGAGGGGGGCUCCCGCCCCGAUGAGGAAGGCGGCUACGAUGAGGAAGGCAGUUACGACGAGGAAGGCGAUUACGACCAUCACUAUGAGGACUACUACGACGACUACUAUGAGGACGACCACUACGAUGACGACCACUACGAUGACGACCACUACGAUGACGACCACUACGAUGAGGGAGACUACUCCAAUGGUGAUGACCACCACGGAGAGGAGCCCGGGGGGGAUAUCGCCUAUGCCCGCCCCGACGAGCAGGGCUGCCCGCUGGGUGAGGAAGCCCCCAGUGAGGAGAAGCCCAGCCAGAGGGGCGCAGAGGAGGGAAGGGGCUCCCAGGAAGGGCAAGCCUCCCAAAAUGGGAAGGCCUCUCCAAAUGGGAAGACCCCCCCAGAGGGGAAAAGCAAAAAGAACGAGGAGAACGACGAAGGAGCCAACUUCGGGAGCAAGAUAAAGGAGGGCAACAAGAAAAUAAGAAACUUCUUUAAGGACAAUUUUUUGAAGAACAGUAAGAAGAAGGCCCCGGGGGACGGAGGCGGGGAGAGGAAGGUGCGCAGGCGGCGGAGGGUGAGCAGCCGGUGGGGAGCGAACAACCGGUGGGGGGCCCGGCGGUGCCGCAGGAAGGGCAGCUACAUUAUACGCGAAGCCAUGUGCGUGGUGAAGCUGCACGACGAGGUGGUAGACGUGAGGUCUCUGGACGACUCCGCCUUUUACUUGGUGAGCAUUGGCAAGGGGGUGAGCCCCAGCUCGCUGAGCAGCCACACGGUCUUCAUCGACGCGGACUUCGCGAGGGUCGACGAGCAUUUGAGGCGCAGCCAGGAGGUCGCCGAGGAGCAGGAGAGGCAGCACGGUGAGCGGCAAAAUGAGCGGCACAGUGAGCGGUACACUGGGCAGCCCUCUGAUCAACUGCUCACCGAAGAGGGAAACGCCCUCGGCGGCCCCCAACUCAGCGCCGCGCAGGAGGAGCGCCCCAGUGAGGCCAACCAAAGCGCGUCCGUCUCGAAGCCACCCCCCGCUGAGCUCUUCCAAGGGGAGGCGGCUCACCCGGAUAAGCAAGAACAGUUCCCACCACACCAGCGGGAAAAGAAAAAACAAAACAAUCGCCACCCACAAGCAAACAUGAUCCAGAAGAGCAAAAUGAAUCACAUCGAUGCGUUCUUCAACCUACACGUUUUUAAAAAGAAGAGGACCUUCUUCAAAUCGCCCUUCUUCCAUUUCGAUGCUCAUAAUGGUAUGUUUUUUAAGAGCAACAAGAAAUUGCGAAAUGUUGAAGACCUGGCGGACACCGUGUGUCUCUGCGUUUGGGACCUCUGUUCCAUUUUGACUAACGAGGAGAAGCUCUUCUUGAAGGGGAAAAUGCCCGUCGGGGCAUCUGACGUGGGUCCCAACUCGCUCGGCGAAAAUGGAGCCACGAUCAGCGGUGGUAACAACAGCAGUGGCAACUGUGGCAACGGUGGCCACUGCAACAGCCAUGCGUAUGGCAGGAACGAAGUGACCCAUCGAGGGGGUGCCAAGAAGCUGGAGAGCAGAACCGUUCUUCACCCUACCCUCGUGUGCAUCAUCGGCAACCUGCCUGAGAGUAAGAUGCAGGCCAACAAAAGGAAAAGCAACGAAAGCGGUAACUCCAUUACGACCUUCUGCACAUGGCUAUCAUCUCGGAACCAACUCUACAAGGUAGUGAAGGACCCCUUAGAGGGAGAGGAACACAGAUUGGGAAAAAGCGAUCGGAGGGAACACCCCUCGAGGGGGAACCAUCAACUGAGUGCAACACUCGAAACACCAAAGAAAAAAGGACUCUUUUGGCACCUGUUCAACCACAAGGUGUGCUCGAAUAACUUCUCCCAAGAUGCCUACGUUUUUUAUGGCGACCAGCUGGGCUACAUCCACGUGGUGCAUCUGCAGAUCUACAAGGAGGUGCACUUCUUCCGGGCCUUCGACGUGCCCAUCCUCAAGGUGUUCGUCUGCAGAAACCUGGUCACCAAGCUGCUCGUCCUGGCCGACGCCCGGCUGCGCAUCUACCGAGUCGAGUCCGCCCUCGAAAUAACGCUCAUCAAAGAGGUGCAAAUAAAGCACGACGUGCCCCCCAGCAAGUGCAUAUGUGAAGCGAAGAUAAACGAACUGAAGGAAAAGAAAAAAAAGGGGGACAACGAAAACGACGGGGUCUCCAUCUUUAACCUUUCCUACUUCCUCUCCUCCAAUUACCCCAAGAAGCAGAGCAAACCCGGAGGGGACGACAAACUGAGCGGCGGAGGGGUUAGCGGCGGAAACGGCGCAAACGUCGGAAGCGUCUGCACGGAGCAUGCCAAUGCUAGUGGCGUUGGAGGCGGCCUUGGGAAUGGAAGCACCGCCAGUGCGGCGGCCAACCUUGCCGGAGGGGGCAGCACCAGCGGGGUAGGCGGCAUCGCUGCUAACGCGAGUAAUAGCUUCUCGGGGAAGAACAACCCCCCCCCCCUGGGAAACCACUCCAGCGCCCCGAACGACUCCCCCCAGAACCCAACCCUCGCAGAGGCGAAAAGCGGCUCAUUCACGCCCCUCCCAAGUGAAGAAAAGGGAAAGGAAAAACCGACCACCACUACGUUGAAAGAAAGUAGCAGCACAACACCCCCUAAGGGGAGGAAAAACAGCACCUCCUCCAAUUCUUUAUGUCCAUUCAAAACGAUCAGUGACAGUGAGGACGAGGCAGAUGCAAACAGCGACAAGGAUGCCUACCAGAGCGUCAUCAUCGGUGGAAUCAAUUUUGGCUACCUCGGAUUCAAUUUCUCUAAAUUUAUGAUUAACAAAAAAAAGACAAUCAUCGUGGACGCCUACAUGCUGUCGAACUCCCACCUGGUGACUGUCUCCAGCAACGGCACGCUCACCCUGAUUAAGGUGUGACCCCGGGGGGGUAUCCCAAAAGGGGAAUACCCAAAAGGGGAAUACCCAAAAGGGGAAUACCCAAAAGGGGAAUACCCAAAAGGGGAAUACCCAAAAGGGGAAUACCCAUAAAGGGGGGAGCCAGCACGUAUACACAAUGCCCCUUUAAUGCCCAUUUAUGUUCCUCCAAAUGGCACUUCCCUGGCGACCUUCGCAUGGCCACGUCUCAUUGCACCUGUGGGAACCCCCACCGCGUGUUUUUCCUUUACGCGCCUCGCGCGAGGGUGCGUCGAAAAAGAACUGCGUCAACUCAAAUGGACUCCUAAGACCUGUGCUCAGGGUGCAGCCCUCCUCCCUGGUGGGGCAGUUUGGCAGUUAAGCAGGUUGGCAGUUCGGC